AAAAUCUUCGCCUGAAAGAAACUUUCCUGGAAAGCUACCGUUUACCGUACUCGUUUCGCUCCGUACAAAGAGUGUAAGCAGAGAAGCCAUUGAAAGGGAAAAAAGAAAACUACAAAACUCUUCUUCUCUCUUCGUUCUCGCUACCGGAAAUCGGAUUCCCGCCGGAAGUUGAAUCAGCGGAAAGGAAGGAUUAAGGAAGGAAAAAUGCCGAGCAGCUGCGCGAUGUUCUGCGAGAUCCUGAUCGCGAUCCUGCUGCCUCCGUUGGGAGUUUGCCUCAGGCAUGGCUGCUGCACAGUGGAGUUCUGCAUCUGCGUGCUGCUGACGAUUCUCGGCUACCUGCCGGGGAUCAUCUACGCGCUGUACGCGAUUGUGUUCAUCAAUAGGGAUGAGUUCUUUGACGAGGCCAGGCGCCCUCUCUACUCCUCUUACUACUGAUUGAAGUGAUGAUGACAACUGACUUUUAUGUUGCUUAAACAGUGAUUGAACUGAGCUGAAUCGUUUGCUGCUUCCGUGUUUGUAUGUCGAUUUCCUGUGGUAAGACUCGUUAGAAAAAUUCCUGUUAAUGAAGCUCAGUUAGUUUAAUCUGCUUGAAUCUGUGCAUGGAAGGAAGAACUGGCAUGGCUGUGUUCUUGAAUUGGUUUGUUCUGCCUUUUGUUGUCAUGCUACUUUCGUGGAUGGUGCAGAGUAGAACUUGCGAAUUCUUAUUCGGAUUUCGGGGGUGUUUCGUGAGAGUGGAUAAGCGCAUAACUUCGAUCGAUUCUUCGAUUACAACAUGAUGAGAUGCUCAUCAGGCAGUGUGUGCUUAGGUUGGGUCGUGGGGAACGAUGAUGUGCUUAGGUUAAGCAUGGAGUUUUAAGUAAGAUAGAUAGUUUCAGUGGAGGAACAGGAAGACUACUUGUCAUUCUGCUGCAUAUGUGAUUGUGUUGGUUCCCUCUUUAGUGAAAAGCUCUCUGCUUUCACUUGCUUGCCUGCCUGCCUGCCUGUCCGACCUUCACUUGGCAACUCAAACUGUAAAUCUGGAUUACCAGUUCGUUAUUUUCGUGUCUCGAUUUCGUUUGUUCAGUUCGAUAUGAUCGAAUGCGGAGCCUCAUCCUCGCAUGGUCCAACUUGCUAGAUCCUGCAUUCUCUAUUUGUUCCUGCAUUUAGGGUUUGAUAGGCUAAUGUCGAACGUAGCAUUUGCAAUCAUUUUUUCUUCAUUUCUUGGUUUUACUACCUACUUGAGUUGUCUUUAUGGUUUCCUACUUUCUCUUGAGCUUAAGGAAAGAGGCAUUGGAGGAUACCCCCAAACCCAAAGGUAUCUAUAGCCAAGGUAGACAAUGACAAUAGAAAUCAUGGACAAGGAGGUCUUCAGAGGAAUUUGCAAGAUCACUCCUUUCUCUCCCUCCUUGAUGAUGAACAGGAGGACUCGAAAACCUUGGGCUCUGGGUUUGAGCGCACCAUUAAACUGUAAAGCCGAGCCUCUUGAAACUCGAUGGUGAACGACUAACAUAAAGAUCUAGCACUACAUCACUAGAUUUUGAUUAAUUUUUUCGCUCGACGAGAUCAGUGAGUCUACCAUAACACAAACUUAUUGGACGACAAUGGAACGAAGAAAGUACCACUCACAAGUUUCAUUGUUUUAGUUCAAGCACUGCAAAUAGGGUUUGAGGUUUUCGAGAUUUCUAAUGAACAAAAAGUAUGCAAAUGAAUGUAAUCUUCGUGU